GCCGACGCGACCGCCUCCUCCGCGCACGCUCACAGCACUGUUACCCCGACACUCUGCCCCUCCUUCCGGCGGCGCACGAGGGACCAUGGCCGAUCCUCGCGUGAGACAAAUCAAGAUCAAAACCAGCGUGGUGAAGCGAUUGGCCAAAGAAAAAAUGAUGUAUUAAAAAGAAGCAAAACAACAAGAAGAAAAGAUUGAAAAAAUGAAAGCUGAAGAUAGUGAAAAUUAUACCCUUAAAAAGCAGGCAGAGAUCCUGCAAGAGUCCCGGAUGAUGAUCUCAGAUUGUAGGCGCAGGUUGGAAGCUGCAUAUACUGAUCUUCUGCAGAUAUUAGAGAAUGAAAAAGAAUUGGAAGAAGCUGAGGAAUAUAAAGAAGCACGUUUAGUACUGGAUUCAGUGAAGUUAGAGGUCUGACUUUUUUGUAGAGGGUGCUUUUUUGCAAUUAAUCCUGGGAUUCAUUCCACAUUUUAUUAGUUUUGACCACUGCUGUGUGUUCAAGUUGGAUGAGAAUGUGAUUCGUUUUAUGCAAUUGCAUAUAUUUUUCUUUGCCUAAUUUAAUGUGUCCAAUAAAUGAAUU